CGCCACACGCACACACGCGCGGCGCCCUCGCACGGACAGCUGCGCCGGGGUUAUGAGACCGUCACCGCGCAGGAGAGGCUGAGCGACGGAGAGGCUCACCAUGACCAAGUCGUACAGCGAGAGCGGGCUGAUGGGCGAGUCCCAGCCGCAGGGCCCCCCGAGCUGGACGGACGAGUGCCUCAGCUCCCAGGACGAGGAGCACGAGGCGGACAAGAAGGAGGAGGACCUGGAGGGUCUGCACGCCGAGGCCGAGGAGGACUCCCUGCGGAACGGAGAGGAGGAGGACGAGGAGGACGACUUGGACGAAGAGGAGGAGGAAGAGGAGGAGGAGGAAGACGACGACCAGAAGCCCAAGAGGCGGGGCCCCAAGAAGAAGAAGAUGACCAAGGCGCGCAUGGAGCGCUUCAAGCUGCGGCGCAUGAAGGCCAACGCCCGGGAGCGCAACCGCAUGCACGGGCUGAACGCGGCCCUGGACAACCUGCGCAAGGUGGUGCCCUGCUACUCCAAGACGCAGAAGCUCUCCAAGAUCGAGACCCUGCGCCUGGCCAAGAACUACAUCUGGGCGCUCUCCGAGAUCCUCCGCUCGGGCAAGAGCCCGGACCUGGUGUCCUUCGUGCAGACCCUCUGCAAGGGCCUGUCGCAGCCCACCACCAACCUGGUGGCCGGCUGCCUGCAGCUCAACCCGCGGACUUUCCUCCCCGAGCAGAGCCAGGAGGUGCCUCCGCACGUGGCGGCGGCGGCGGCGGGCGCGCCCUUCCCGGCGCAUCCCUACCCGUACCAGUCUCCGGGCCUGCCCAGCCCGCCCUACGGCACCAUGGACAGCUCCCACCUCUUCCACCUCAAGCCGCCGCACGCCUACGGCGCCGCGCUGGAGCCCUUCUUCGAGAGCGGGCUGGCGGAGGGCGCCAGCCCCGCCUUCGACGGGCCGCUCAGCCCGCCCCUCAGCGUGAACGGCAACUUCUCCUUCAAGCACGAGCCGGCCGCCGACUUCGACAAGAGCUACGCCUUCUCCAUGCACUACCCCGCCGCCGCCGCCGCCGCGCUGGCCGCCGCGCCCGCCCACGCCGCCAUCUUCCCGCCCGCCGCCUCCCGCUGCGAGAUCCCGGUGGACGGGCUGGCGCCCUACGAGGGCCACCCGCACCACGAGCGCGUCCUCAGCGCCCAGCUCAACGCCAUCUUCCACGACUGAGCCCCCCGCCCGGGCCGCAGGAGCGCCGGGAGCCGCGCCCGCCGCCCGCCACCGCC